UCGAAAAAAACAGACCUAAUAUACCCAUUGCAGAAAUAACGGGUUUACGGAAUUAUUAGACCCGUUAUUUCUGUAAUUUAGUUCCAGAAUCUUUUUCUCCAGACCGUCAAUUGUUGCAACUGCUCUGUGACCGAGUAUACAACGCUAGCGUUUCUUCAAUACAUGUAGUUGUAGUUUUAGGUUAGAUUAAAAGCGGUUAGGAGACUGACAGCGGUUCACGUUCCAUCUCGUUAUAAAUAUUUUCCGUUACGUUUAUUGUACUUAUCUUUUAAAAAGUAGGAAAAUGCUUCGAUACUCCGCACAUGACAUAAACAAGAAAUCAAGGACAAACGAUAUAAAGAUACAAGAAAAUGUUACGUUUAUGGAAAUGGGACUUCCAGAAAAAAUUUUAGAUGGAUUGUCACUUGCUGGAUUUCAGCGACCAUCUCCUAUACAAUUGAAAGCCAUUCCUCUAGGUCGCUGUGGAUUUGAUUUGAUAGUGCGUGCAAAAUCAGGAACUGGAAAGACUGUUGUAUUUGGUAUUAUAGCUCUUGAAAUAUUAGAUAUUGAAAUAUCAUCUCCACAAACCUUAAUAGUAGCACCUACCAGAGAAAUAGCUAUUCAAAUAUCUGACGUUCUUAUGACAAUAGGCUCAGAAAUAAAAGGAUUAAAAGUUGAAUAUUUUGUGGGAGGAUUACCAUUAGAUCACGAUAGGAAGAGACUGAAUGAAUGCCAUAUAGCAGUUGGUGCCCCAGGUAGAAUCAAGCACUUAAUCGAUAAAAAACUACUUAAAGUUUCAACUAUUAGGUUACUUGUCCUUGACGAAGCAGACAAAUUGAUGGAAAUAAACUUUCAGCAAGAUAUCAAUUACAUAUUUUCCAAACUACCGUCGAACAAACAGAUUAUAGCCUCGAGUGCUACUUACCCUGGAGAUUUGGAAACAUUCUUGCAAACAUACAUGUGUUCACCUGAAUUGACGUCGCCAGAUCUUGAUGGACCAAUUUUAAUUGGAGUUAAACAAUUUUUGGUGGUGGUUCCCUCACAUCUUAAUAGCAUGAAACAGGUACAAAUAAAAGUGAAUGAAUUGAAGAAAAUAUUUACCAAAAUUCCAUUUAAGCAAUGUAUAGUCUUUUUAAAUUAUCAAUCGCGAGCCCAGUCGGUCAGCAAUAAAAUUAACUCUAUGGGCUUCUCGUCCACGUAUAUUGUUGGAAGUCAGGACAUGGCUAAGCGAUUAGAAGUAAUGGAAAAAUUAAGGAAUUUCAAUUGUAGAAUUAUGAUGACCACGGAUUUAACUGCGAGAGGCAUUGAUGUAGAAAAUGUCAACAUGGUUGUAAACUUGGAUGUACCUGCGGAAGCGACAACAUAUUUGCAUAGAAUUGGCAGAGCUGGGCGCUACGGAUCGCGCGGAAUUUCCAUCACGAUCGUUUCGGAAAGGGAGCUUCCGUCGUUCAGAAAAUUAUUGACCUUCAUUGGUGGAUCGAACUUUUAUCUGUUCAAGCUCGGCCACGACUAUACGGAAGAUGUUUGGGUCGAUGACACUACAAUAUUCGAGAAAGUUUAUUCAAUAUCCAAGACAAAUGUCACGGAACUUUCGGAUAUUGACCAAGGGAUUCUCGAAUCCGAAAAUGGCGCACCUAUGGUUAUAAGUUCGUCGACGAAGACUUUGCCCUCAACGGGCAACAAUCCAUUGGUAAAUAACGGUACGAAUAGUUCUGCAACGAAACAAGACAAAUGUAAAAGUGUCUCGCAGAAAGAUAGCAAAUGCGACCAAAUCAUCACCAAUGAGAAAAUAUAUACGAAACAAAAAAAGUCCUAUUUAGAUAACAAAAGAGAAGAGCUUCAUAAUAACGAACACGACGUGAGAAAAAUUGAUCUCCAGCAACUCGAGGAAUUUGAGGAACAAGAAGAAAUAUCAACCGCUAAGUCUACUCAAUCGGACUCAUCUGUCAGUUCAGAAGGAAUAUACAGAUUUACGAUAAAACCUUAUUCGAACGAACCCACCGUUUUGGAGAAAUUAAAUGAAAAUGUUGUUUUCGAAGUGGAUCUCUCGAAUAUUCGGGACCGCGAAUUGUCUAGCGAUGAGAUUAAGCAAAUUUGUGAAUAUAUAAAGAUUUCUGACGAGAAAGCCGAAAGGAAAGAAGAAAAUGAUGUGUUAACUGCUGUCGUGGCUGAUGAUAAAAUUUCUACGGAAGCAUCUCAGGAUACGUGUGCCGCGAAGAAUUCUGAUUCAGCACCGUUGAACACGAAGGAAUCAGAUACCAGAUCUCGGAAGUGGAGCGAAUUAAGCGCUGAUCUAUCGAAGUAUAUCGAAGAAUUCGAUGAGAACGAUGAUGAAACUCCGUUGAAGACAGCUGCCAGAUGGAAGGAAAAGCUUGAUUUUGAGAUCGAAUUUUUAAGCGAUACGUACACAAACAUGACUGAUUCUAUACAUAAACUGGUGUACGAAAAGCAUUAUUGCGCGCUCAGACAUUUCCUCAUUAUGCAGAAACGGGCGUUUCUAUUCAUUUUCCCGGAGCUACGCACCGAUGAAGAAAUAAACGACACAUACGUAUACUCGAGACUUAAUUCGCACAAUAAUUUGUUGGGCAUGUACAGGGAAAUAGAACAAUUCAAGAGCCGCUUUGACGGUUCGGACGGCAAAUUUAACGCUUAUUUCCCUUAUCCUACAAACGUCGACGAACGUAUGCCGAAUUUGAUGAUGUCAGAUUCCGAGAUUGAUGAGUACCGCAAGGCAUUACAGUAUCUUAGGGAGCAUCGAGAUCCCAGCGAGAAGUUGUCGGAAAUAAUAGAUUACAUAGCGUUUUUAAGCGAGACGAAGAAGCACGAUUUAAUGAAGAGGAUAGAAAAUCAACAUUUAUCUUUCUCAGAUAUGAAGGAGUUUCUCAAGAAGGAAGUUGGAGAGAUCAGUUUAAAACGCAUCGAGUUGAGCGAAGACGGCGUGCAACAGUCUAAAAAUUUAAGCGACGACGCGGUGCAACGCGACACGACUGCCGAAGCAGAUGUAUCGAGAAUAACGAUGAAACAUGAAGAUGAUUCGGAAACGCAGGAAGCACAGGAGAUUUGUACUGGCGAAGUUACAGUCCACAGUCAAGAUAGGUGUCAGACAUCAGGAGAUACAAAGUGUGAUUUUUCUAUCGACGUAAUUUCCAACGAUCGAAACGAAAGAGUCUCCAAUGACAGCGAGAGACUGUCGUCGGCAGAAAUGCGAGGACGUAAAAGUGACGAUAAGAAGGUCUCCUUAGCUAGCAGCGUUUCCAGCGUGCUAUCGUCAACGUUGUCUGACGGGGAUUCGGGCAACGAGGAUAAAGUAUUCAAUCAUCGGGAGAGAACAAAGUUCGCGAGUAAAGGGACCAGGCGGAAAACAAAUCGUAGCGACACCAAGAGAAACCAAGUGCGAACCAAGUACAUACCCGUGCAAACGAAUAACGUUCUCUACAAUGGCGUGGACAAAUCGUACGGCGAAGUUAAUAAAUGCAUGACGCGUGGCAAGGAUGUCCCGAAGAAUCACACGGAUAAUUCAGACGACGACGCCGUGAAAUAUCCCUCGAGAAUGCUGGGUGCUGCGCAAGCUGCAAGGAUGAAGGCGAUCCCCUUGAGAUCUUUGCCAGAUUCGUUCACGACCCAACGAUCGCUUUAUUCGACGUUUUAUUCGAACGCUAUCUUCAAUCCGCGUCUACACGCUCGCGAUUAUGCUUUCCGCACGGACAAUCGCAACAUCGGCCUCGAUCCUCUAACUUGCGAAUUCCCAAAUGCGGAAGAGGCGAACGUGUCGAAUCGAAUCGGUCGCUUUCAUCCGACCAUCAAACACACGACGAACUCUCCGCUUAUGCAGGACACGCCAAACGCGCGAAGAGUGUCGCCCAAUUACAUGUCUCAGUGUCCGGCCCGUGAAGGAACCACUGGUUGCCACGAGAAACCGAGGACUCGCGAGCUCUACAUCGAUGGCUCGGCAUACAACGACGUUGACCUGCGUAACUCAGACGUCGAGAAUUUCUUGCUGUCGCUGAGGAUGCAGACCAAUCAGCUACAUUUACAGCUCUACGAGGCGGAGAUGUGUGGGAUGUGGUCCUCGUACGAGCAAUGAUUACUCGGGAUCACGCUGGGACGUUUAAUUUCGGAGAUUGCUCGAAACGCAAGAUCUCUGAAUUGACUACUGUGAUUAAGGAUUGAGGUUUCUCUCCAUCGACAUGAUUUCGACUAAGUUCCUCAGGUUGACAACUUCCUUACUGUCUCUCGGCAAAGGCUAUAUCUGUCGCAAUCGACGAGGGACUAUCUCCAGUAAAUUAAACAUUAAGCGAGAAUAUGAUUCUCACUCACACAUGCGUGACCGCAUCUAUUUUUCAUUAAAGACCAGUUAUCACACAUGUGUGACACAUUAUGCGAAGUGCUCGAUUUGCUUAUUUAAUACACGGCGUGUUUGCAUCAGCGUUAUAUUAAAUAUAGGUGUAGCGAAAUUUAUAGCGAGCGACUUCCAACUCAAACUCUGCAGCGAAAAAUCAGUGCAGUGUUAAAUCGCGAAAGAUCGUAACGGAAACUGAACAAGAAGUAAGCAAAGAAUUAAGUUCGAUAUCGACAAGAAAUUCGUAAAAGCGUAUAUCGUCUUUUAAUAAGCGAGACAGAUGUCCAUCGCGGAGAGAACAAAAAUGGUAAUCGAGCGAGGUUGUCGGAUCUAACGGUGAACGAGCAACGAUUACACUUCUUCGUACUUUAACGAUGAUGAGGAAUGAUUAUGUAAAGCGUACUGUUUCUCCGGUAGGAACCGAGUAUUUGUCGGAGGUGAUAAGGAAGAAGAGUAACGCGGAAGUUCGUUAGAUUUUACUCGAAGGUAGGAGCGAGCACGAGCCAAAGUUUCUGAAGCGGAUGCGGUCAGGACGACAUCAUGACAUCGCGGGAUCGACGACCGGGCCGGCGCAUUUUCGUUUCAUCGGCGGGUUCCGCGAGUUCUCACAAUGUGUUUAUGAUCAAGCGGCGGCGAGGAAUGACAUGUGAAUCGAUCGAUAGCGAAAGGUCACGCAUCGGCGGUGAUUUGAACACGCAUACACUGGCGAGACGGUGAAGUGUGUGCCGCGGAUAACCUUUCCUUAACCGAUUCGACGCUACCUGUGCUUACGCAAUUCGAUCGAUCCUGUACGAACGGAGUCCGUAUCGGUCUUAUCGAUCGAAUAUCAUCGGGUAUAACAGUACCGCCGGCUCUUUAUCAUUCGCUGUGCGCCGGCAGUAAUUUAAUUUAUCGCACACGUAUUUAUUUUCUUGCAAAAACCGAGAUAGCGAUCCGUAAUUCGUAAUGUAUGUAAAUAUGACAUGUGUGAGAUGAUAUGACGCGUGCGUUUGCGAGUUUUAAAUGUGAAGUAAUUGCGAGAAGAAUGAAUGAACGAAUGAUAGGCGUGUCGUGUAAUUUUUAAUUUCUUUUUCUAGUAUACGUGGUUCUUUUUCUUUCUCGUAGUUGAAGUACACGUGAGUAACUGAACGAAUAAACUGAAUGAAAGACGAGACGAGGCUGAUGGAACUAAUUAUGUUUGUAUAAUAAAAGUCGCGUAGAAGAUAGAAAUGAGGGGAGGGUUAUUGUUGACUGCACGGCAAUGUUAAGCCGGUUUAGUAAUGACUGUAGUUAGUGGACUUUCCCAUCCGACUGAUGUGUUCUUUUAAAUCUGAAAAUAUGCGCCAAUUAAAACAAUAAAUGCGAGAAUUCACUAACUAUGGUUGUUAAUAAACUGGAUUGACGUUUCUGUGUAAUAGAAUUAAUUAUUCACGAACGUGUGCUUUGCU